GCUAGCUUAGAUUCAAUCGACAGCAUUGUUAUCAACCGUGGGCUGAAUCGUAGAACAUUUUAGGCCGCAAGACUUUGAAGUCAACGAACGAAAUAAAGAUUUGACUGCUUUACUAUUUUCAUCUUCCGUUGUAGACAUACUAUUUUGCAGGUUACGAGAGGAAAUGUUUCGUGCAAGAUGAGAGUUAUAGUGCCCUUUAUGUUAGUGUUUUAAGUUAAUGGUCGCAUGGGUUUAUUUCCUCUGGGUUGAUUCAACUAUUUGAUUAGUUAAUUGUUUGCACCGCACCAUUGUGCAGUUUCAAAAACAAUGAUAUGUCCUUUGUAAAGAAAUAAGAGGCAACAAUAAUAUAUCAUGUCCACCCUCAACCUGCCUGCUAUCAUCGCACGUCUUCACAACGCCGCGGAUAAUUAUGCAAAGAAAGGGAAGUCGACAAAGCACGACCUCCUACUAUCCAAUGGUUAUAGAAAUUUCAAAAUUCCCGAAAUUGUGCGGCAUGUUGGGAUUGGAGAUCGAGGAUGGAUGAGUUUACAAGGCAAUGUAGCUUUUCAAUCAUCAUUCUUUUAUCAGAAUUCUCUUUGGAACCAAACUUUGUAUCUUGAUCAAGUCCUUCGGAGACACCCUAAUAAUGAAUCGGACGCGGGCAAAGCAAUUUUUUCUAAACAUGCGCGCAGAAAACGUCCUCGCUUCCUGCCCAAGCUGGACGACAAACCCGUUGAAAACUCUCACACUGCAGCGCCAUACAUCAGAGGACAAAAAACCGAAACACACCGCCUUGGUCCCAAACAUGAUGCAAACGAACGGUACUAUCAAUUUGACGAAGAAGACGAGGACGCCGAGUGGACAAGAAAUGCUCUCGAUGGAAAUACUUCCCAUGAAAUUGUACAGGCGUACCGACAUGAAACAGUCAAGCAAACGCCGAAUCUCAAAGGUGAACAAGGUGAUGCAACUACGCUUGUCAAACAUCCGCCUUUACCACCAAUCAAGAAACAAGCUGAUGUUGUCAGCGAAUAUAGAGAAGAGGUGGAAGAGAUGCAGAUAGACGUCAGAGGUGAAGACAAUAAGAAACAGAUACCUAAAUUUGUUUUACACACAUUUGAUUUUGGAGACAUGAGAAGCAAAAAAAGUGAAAGAAUGUUCACAAAAACAAAUAUGUUCGUCCCAAACUUGGAGCAGAAAGCGGCUCCUGUUACGAAAGUUGAUCGCAUAGCAAAUACACAAAAUCAAUCUACGUUUUCUCGCAUCUUAAAUCCAGAUUCGAAUCCAAAAACUCAAGCUGGUAAAAAAUUGUUGACAAGUUUAUUGGGUAGAAUGGAAAAAGACAAACGAACUACAAGCAAACAAGAACCCACUGUUCUGCAAAAAUCAAACUCCAUCCUGUAUUCCGAAGAAUAUUUGCGAUUAGUCGACAACAAAGGUGUUAAAAACGUUGCAAAAGCUGCGUUUAACCAGCAAGAAAAAUCGUCAACUAUUGACCGGAAAAUAGGAGAGUUUUCGUUCGACAAAUUACCCGCUGAUUUAGUUGGUCAGCAUUUUCAGCAAACAUAUGAGCAUUUAUGGAAAUAUCUUGUUCAUAAUGGAAGAAGAAAUUUACCGAAAUCGUACUUUUCUUCAAAGAAAGAGCUGCAGAAAAAUAAUCCCGGCGUGAUCUACAUUCCCACAGGUCGACCAGAAGAAGCUUUGUAUGUCGAAGGUGUUGAACGCAAAUACUUGUCGCAAAAUCAACAAAGUGACAAACCUAUCAAGUUAAAAUACAAUCAUCGUAAUGAUGCCGACGAAAAUCACACGAUAUCCAGGAGUAAAGAUACGUCACCAUGGGACAUUGACGAACAACUUAAAACUCCGGAAGAGCCAUCAAAGUUGACAGGCAAAGUUAUCUUAACGGAAAUGAAAAAUUCAAUUCAAAGAGUGCCGAACGCAGAAUUUGAUAAACAACAUGAGGGGUACAAUGACAAUGGAAUAAAAAGCAUCUCUAUAACCCUCCCACCCCCUGAGAUUAACGCACCCCCUUGCACACCAGCGUCUUCACAUGACAAUCAUCACCCUAAUCAAGAACACCUCGGCGCUGAAAUCAAUUUGCCCGAAUUCGGCGCCAAAGCUUUAAAACAGCCAAGAGAAGAUUUAGUAUAUCCUACCCCAAAGAAAAAUGUUCGAUUCAAGGCAGUUGGUAAAACUUCAGAAGAAAACCAGAAAAUCGGCCACAGAAGAGGAUUGGGACCCGUUCCGGAAAAAAACAAUAGGCCUACUCAACAAAGCAAACAGGGAAGCAAAAAAACUCGAACAUACACACAUGGACAAUACCAUAUAAAAGUAGAUGAAAAAAUUGUAUAUAAAAGAAAGCCGAAAUUACCAAAAGAUUUGUCCAAUAUGUUCACGAAACCAUAUACAUUCUCAUAUUUAACGGGAGUAAAAGCACCUGGCACCUCAUCAAGUACACUUUUUGCUGGAAAGAUCGCAAAUCUUUCCGUACGCAACAAGCCUCAAGUUGCACCUUUACAUAAUAGCACUCUAAUAUCUGAAAUUCACCACCCAGUCUAUGACGUGAACGACAAUGAUGCAUUACCUAAUACAACUCAAAAAGAUGCAAGUACUCAAAUCGACGAAGAUGACGAUAAUAUCUCGUUGUCAAUACCGUAUAGUCUGUUCUCUGAAAACGAAACGCUAGUUACCAAAGAGCUUAUAUCGUCAGAAAAUUCGCCCAAAAUAAAGUUACGAUCUCCACUGCCGCACGCGGAAGAAAAAAGUACUUCAAGAUCUAUCGACCACAGAAAAACAAGCUCUAAAAAGUCUUUGUAUUCGAAAUCUUCGAAGCAUGUGAGGUCACUUUCUGAGGGGGCGAAAGAUGUAGAUAUUAAAAAACAUGCAACGACAGUGCAAACUUACGACGCUUCGAAAUAUUUUCGUGGGACGAACGACGGAGUCAAAUGAUUGUGAUAAAAUAUGUUUGGUAAUUUAAAUAAACUUAUG